UUUACAGCAUAUAAUCAGAACCUGACAAGUUUAGUUUUUCAAAAUGUUCAAUUCGAAGCAAAUGAAGCAUGUAUUUCAGUAAAGAUGUGGUCAAAGGAUACAAACACUCUAACGAGCAGCAUUAUAUUUAAAAAUUCACAAUUUAUAGGAAAUGGCAUUAGAUGGAUUCCAAUUUUAAUGUCGCCUCCUUGGAGCGUUUUAAGCAUAGAUAACUUUGGAAAACAUGCUGUAGAGUUGCACGUGCAAAAUACAAGUUUUGUUAAUAACUAUGUUCGUUCAAUGGGAAUGAUAUACGUAAGUACUAAUCACUUAAAACUUACUGUAAUGGAGAAAAGCAAUUUAGUAGAUAAUGGAUUGCAAGACAUGACCAACACGUUUACUCACAGCCUCUUUGUUUUAAAUACUGAAACGACGUCCAUUGUGAUAGCAGACACGCAGGUAAAAAGGAACAAACAGCGACUUUUUUCAAUCAGCUCAACAAGAACAGAAAUCCUUAUUACUCACACACUAGUAGAUGACUAUAGAGUUGGCAAAAAUCAUGGAGGGACAUUUUAUAUAGAAAGUGAAAUGAUGCAGUUGGUAAUGAACAACUGUGUGAUAAGUAAUGGACGAUUGAUGGUUCCAUUUAAUGGUGGAUUUCUCUAUGUUUACGCAAGGAAUGUUAGUGUUCAUAUUGAAAAUUCUAAUUUUACAAACUUGAAUAUUGGCGGCGAAGGUGGUGUGAUGUAUAUAUCGACAAGUAAAGUUGCAAAUAUGUCUGUAACUGUAAAGAUAAAGAUACUCAGUUCAAAUUUUAUAUCUAAUACAGCUAAUUUUGGAGGAGUUCUGCGGCUGCCACAAAAGUUCAAAAUCUGGAUUCAUAACUCAACAUUCAUUUCAAAUAAUGCACAUAAUAGUGGUGGGGUUUUAUGCUCCUACAACCUUUUCUAUGCAAAAAUACACAUCGAUAAAUCAUUGUUUUACAAAAACUUUGCAGAAAUUAAGGGUGGAUGCUUAGAUCUUGAUAGUAAAACGGAAAAUGAUGUUUAUUUAUUUUUAAGUGGAAAUAACUCAAAUUUUACGGAAAAUACUGCUGGAUGGGGGGGAGGCGUGUUCAUGUUGACAUCAUCAGCCGUUUACUUGGAGCUCUCGUAUUCAUUAUUUGAGGACAAUAAUGUACAAGUCUGCGGAGGCGCCAUUGGAAUUAUUGAACCGUAUACAUUUUCAGCCAGUUCAUUUACAUUGUUAGCCAAUCACACAAAAUUUACUGGAAACAGCGCCAUGAGUGGUGGAGCAAUAUGCAUUAAUACUAUUGGAGGAAGAACAAUGAUUGGUAUUAAUAAUGUCUCUUUUUUUCGUAAUUCUGCAUUAACCGGAGGAAUAGGAGGUGGAGGUGGGAUUUUGUAUCGAAAUAGAGGAAUACAGAAUUUAGCGUCGUUUUCAAUUUCGAUAGAAAGAAGCUUUUUCGAGAAAAAUAAUGGGAGUUCUGGAGGUGUCAUAUAUUUACAUGGUGUUAAUGGCAAAUUUUUGUGCAAGCAUUCAGUUUUUAAAUCAAACAAUGCAACUUAUGGUCCAGGUGGAGCAUUCUACUUCUUUAUUUCCAAUUUAACGAUAAACAUAUUCAACACAACAUUUGAAAAUAACACAAGUAAUAAAAAUGCUGGAGGUGCAAUGUAUCUAGACAUUAAUCAUGGAAGUACGAUUCACGUCGACGAGUCAGUAUUUAAAUACAAUGAAGCAAUUUAUGACAUGGGUGGUGGCAUGAGGAUAAUUACUGAAGGUGAUACUUUGAAAAAUCCUCAAUGUAAAAAAGAUACUGUGCGCUUAUGGGAUUACAGCAAUUCUGUAACGAUAAAGAACACGAAUUUUAGUGAAAAUUUUGCCCGAAUUGGUGGUGCAGUCUCCAUGGAAAACGGAAUAGUAUAUUUCAAUAAUUGUCACUUUGUCAACAAUUUUGCAUAUGAAGGUGGUCAUCUUAUUAUGUAUGGCUCAAACAACUUAAAUUUACUAAGUAGCACUUUUUACAACACAAUAACUCAUAAUUCUUCCUAUACUGAAACUUUCAUGCAUUCGUACAGCGAAGGACCGUUGAUUUUACACAAUACUACCGCGUUACAAGAAAUACAGUCAGAUAAUCCUUUGGUCUUGAUUGCAAAUGGCGGGAUUGUGGAUUUUGAUAAUUUUACAAUAUUGCGUUGCCCAGUUGGAUCAAAGAUGAAAAUGUUGAAUCUCUCUUAUAACAAAUGGAUAAAUAGUUAUUGUACAUACCGCGUCACUAUACUUCGCUUUGUAUGUACACAAUGUGAUCCAGGCACGUAUAGCUUACAGCAGGGUCACACAUUAGGAUUGAGACCAGUUCAUCCAUUUUCUUGUCUACCUUGUCCAAAUGGAGCCGAGUGUUUAACAACAAUCAAAUCAAAGCCAAACUUCUGGGGAUAUUUGAGCAAGAAAAAUAAGCCAUCUUUAAAAUUUACCAGAUGUCCUGAUGGUUAUUGUCUUGGAGGCUCAAAAAACCAAAAACACGGCAACUACAACAUGUGCCAAGGAAAGCGUAAAGGUUGGAUUUGCGGUCAUUGCUCUCCCGGUUACAGUGAAACUGUAUUCUCGACAGAUUGUAAAUUGACAGAAAAAUGUUUUGAUUAUUGGUUUUGGGUUGUGUUUAUCGUAUUGGCGUUCAUCAUGGCUUUGUAUUUUAUAUUUCAACCACCGAUUGUCACUUUUCUAGUAAAACAGAUAUUGUGGUUCAAAAAUGAAAGAAAAAUAACUGAACACCUGAGCGAGAACACCAGAAGAUCAUUACGGUCAACAGAGAUGCAGAGAAGCGAUUCUUUGUUUGUUCUCUCCACUGAAGAAAUUGAAAACGAAAGGAAGGAUUCCGGAGCUCAUUUCGAAGGUGUAUGUCCAAUACCUGGUCUCACAGCAACUGGAAAACAUUUGUUUGAUGUUGCAUUUGUAUUUGGAACUUUACUUGCCAUAUACUUUAUCUACAGUCUUCACUUUCUCAUAAGUAAGGUCUUUCGUGCAUACACUCCAAAAUUUAAACGUUACCUGGGGGCAACAAUGCAACCAUUCUCCUAG